GUCCUCGAUAUUCUGACCAUCAUUCCUGCGGACCAAGUCGCUGACAAGGUACUUUCUAUUAAAGUUGGGUUUUGUUUUUGGUAUCAAAAUUCGUGCCCAGCCGGCGCCAAGACGAAGUGGGAUGCGUUCUGGCGUUACUUCCGUAACUCUUUGACGCCGUCUUACGGU